AUGACUUCGUCACCAGAGAGCUCUCAAAUCACAGAACAUUCCACCCCACAGAUAACUGCAACAACAGAGCUGACAACAGGCGUGCAACCCAGCCCGCCGAGCCCUAGUAACAAUGCCACAGUGCCCUUAGACCAGAGGUACUGGGUCAGGACAGUGCUGGAAGGUCCCCCUGCCAGUGACGACCCGCAGCUCUAUUGGAGAAGCUUAUCGACGGAGUGCAAACAAGAUAAAUCGAUAGAAGAUGCAAUAGAACAUACAACAGAAGUUACAACACAAAAUACGACAGAAGAUACAACAGACCCUAGCAGUGGAAUCUACGAAUCUGCAGUAGGAAAAGAAGAUGGUGUCACCAUCCUACCCUUUGGCACUGUCACCUCUGUUAAUCUGGUGUCAAGUGCCACCGAAAACGGGACUGCGGUUGCCGUCUCGCCCUCUGAAGCGGUGGCGAUCCUCUCCUCGUCCGGCAUCGAGUCGUCCAUGUCUGUAGUCUCUCUGCCACUCAAGCCGACGCCGGUGACGACUCCGUUGCCUAUUGAGACGACCAGCGUGUUGCCGAGUCUGCAAGUUACACCCCCUUCCCCAGCAGACUGUUUCUCCCCUCUCCCAGGGCCAGCCCAGACGCCAACAGUCUCCCCAAGCUUCGCCACGGCCCCGCCCCACGUCGAUAAGGACCCUGAGGAUACUGUGCUAUCUAUCGACAGUGGCAAUGACACCAAGGAGACGGAGGCAGGAUCUAUAGUAACUACUUCCUCUUCUGAGACGUUUUCAGUUGAGACGUCGACCAAUUCAUCGACUGAGAUCGGAGAUUCGUCUUUCCCUUCGCUUGAACCUUCGGCAGGAGCAACGUCUGACAUUCCUGACACAAGUCCUACGACGUACACCCUCUCGACGCCCACGCAUGAUUCGUUUAAUAUUACAGCGUCGACACUUACACCUUCGGUUGACGAAACUCUGGGAACGAGACCCUCUGACUACUUAUCAUCAACUCCUUCGUCAGUGACUGAGCUAAUCACUCUGCCACAGAGCUCGAUAACCACACCGCCGAUGACUUCGUCACCAGAGAGCUCUCAAAUCACAGAACAUUCCACGUCAGCUUCAUCAGCAUCCUCAACAGCAACAAUAAUUACAUCAGUAACAGCAACUGAAAAACCAACAACGACAGCAACAACAUCUGCAGGAACGACAACAACAACAACAUCAGUAGCAACAACAUCAGCAACAGCAGCAGCAGCAACAACAGCAACUCCAUCUUCAACCAAGACGCCUCCAACAACAACGCAAAGCCCACAGAUAACUGCAACAACAGAGCUGACAACAGGCGUGCAACCCAGCCCGCCGAGCCCUAGUAACAAUGCCACAGUGCCCUUAGACCAGAGGUACUGGGUCAGGACAGUGCUGGAAGGUCCCCCUGCCAGUGACGACCCGCAGCUCUAUUGGGCAAGCAUGGAGGCAUUAUUAACAGAUGCUUACAGAGAAGCUUAUCGACGGAGUGCAAACAAGAUAAAUCGAGAGAAGAUGAAAAUGAAAACGAAGGCUUCAAACCAAACGUCCAAAGAUACAAAAGAGCCCACCAUCGACCCCACGACAAGCAACCCGUAUGAGAACUACACCACGAUCACAGCCCGGGUGAGGAGGCAUGUUCCAGACAUCACGACUCCUUUGCCUCCUCUGAGACGUCGUCGCCGAAGGAAACGUGACAUUCGUGCGGGCGAGAGAAUCUAUGACAUGUCCCCAGGGCUCAUGCGGAGAAAGGCCAUGGCAAUCCUCAGCGAUGACGAAAAGGCACCAAACAAUCGUCCAGGUUCUAAACCAACCCACAAUUUGCCCCCAAAUGCGAAAUCCUCUACACGGCCUCUGAGAAGGAACUUACACCUAUGGUCGAUACGUAAAAAGACAUCGCUCAAGCGCCUCGAGAUAGGCCUCAACAGAAGAAAACGGACCACGGCUGAGAACGUGAAGGUACGACUCCAUAACGUGACGUAUGACAAUGUGACAGAUACGACAGAGUUAAUCUACACUGUAUUCGACGACGAGGAACCCAUCCUCGCCCGCGAGGCUGUGGCGAACAUGUCGAACGUCGAUGAUAUGGAGAUGGCGAUCAUGCUCGACCAGGUUGUGGUGGUCAAAGCUGAGGAGUACCUGAGGGCGCCCCCGACGCCGCAGAAGGCCGAGCUGGUCUACUGGAUCAUCGGCGGCGUGAUUGGGGCGGUAAUGCUGGUGGUGUUCGUGGUGUGGCUCGGCGCCUUCGUGUAUAAGAGGCACAAGAGGGAGAGGGAGAUCCUUCAGCCAGAUUCGCAGGCAGCGACGCCGAGAAGCCACUUGAGUGCCAAUGCAUACAUGGGUCACCUUAACCUCGCCUAUGCGAGCAGCAGAGAGGAGAAGCUGGACGCCGCGCCUGUCCCUUCGACGUCUCAGUUUCCAGGAGGCGAGCUGGGUGGCUCCUCUCCCGGAGGGUCCCAUGACCAGCUGCUCAUCCGAGACAAAAAAGAUCACUCAAGACAUUCCUCCAUGGACGAAAUGGAAGACGAUGAGUCUCACGAGGAGUCUCCCAGGGAGGAGGCGGACUUCGAAACCACAGAAGAGGAGGUGCCCGACGGCCGGCGCCCGAAAAGCAGCGUCCCUUGGAGGCGGCCCGGCCGGCGCGUCGGCACGGAAGAGGCCGAGGAGCCCGUCUAUAGCUCGCCCAACCCCGCCAAUAUCCAGUACCAGCCAUCGCACUCCAACUACUCCCGCUACGACACGACCCACUCCGACCUGACCUCCAGCGACCUCCGCUGCGACCCCGCCUCGCAGCUGAUGGCCAACAUGCUCCAGGGCGCCGCCGAGUUCACGCGCAAGGACCACGGCUCGAUCUUCUUGCCUCCGCCCCUCCUUCCGCCGCCCCAGGGAUUCGACAGGAAUCAGGAGGGGCAGUUCAUCCCGGGGACGUCCCUCCCUCGCUUCCUCCCUCCGCCCCGCCCCGCCAAGAGCGUCUCUCUCGCCAAGGCUCCUCCCGAAGGAUACGGCCAAGGCACCCCGUCCCAGAUCCAGUCAUACGACUAUGAUCCUGAGGCGCCGCCCAUCCCGCCGAGGAACUACACCAGGGAGGAGGCAGGACUUCCGCCUCUGAGGGAAACCUCGCAGUCCCCCCUCCGGCCGUCGACGAAGGACGCGCAGGUGGAGGCUCGAAUCGACAACGAGACGGGAGGAUCAUCUUCGUCAGGAGAGGAGCUCGCGCGCCGCCCCUCAACAACCUCCUCGCAAGCGUCCGACGCGGGGAGUUCCGACGGCACGGCGCCCAACGUACGUCGUCUGCGGCGCCGCUUCCACGACCUGCUGGACGACGCCUUUUCUCUGCUCAAUGGUCAACGACACGGGGAUAAGGUCACACCUCUCACGACCCCCACGCAAGGCCGCAAAGGUCGUGUGAGGUCAGCGGCUUUCUUACAGAGGGGCCGCCAUUCAGACGUGCCAGAGGAGCAGGGGGCCGCAGGAGGGGAGGACGGGCGCCCUUGGUCAGUUGCUGCCGUCCACGCGUCGCCGUCCUGGAGAGAACCACAGCUGGUGGGCGUGAUCCCCAUGGAAGAGAGCAGGAACCCGGUGUCCGCGUGGGGGGACGGGGCGGGCCGAGCGAGCGGCGGACGACCCUCCAGUGCUCACCCGACGACCGGGGCCGGACGACCCUCGAGCAGCGGACGACCCUCAAGUGCUAGGCCGAGUAGCGGGCGACCCGGCAGCGGGCGACCCGGCAGCGGGCGACCCGGCAGCGGUCGGAGCGCCCGGAGCAUAACGCCGGUCAACAUGCCGCCGAACAGCCCCGACCGACUCGCUCUAAAUCUGGCGGGCGUGCACGGGAGCACCGAGGCCCUGGAUCCCGACACCGGCCUGCGCGUGUCCGACCCGGCCGUGCCCCUCAUCCGCGCCAUCAAGGAGGAACUCAAACGCUUCAAGUCGACCAUCAGCACCGAGUCCUCCAACGCCUAAGACCCUCCUACUCCUCCAACGCCUGCGACCUCUGCCUGCUCUUCCACGCUGCCUUCUUGUCUCGUUAAGAUUGUCCAAGGCCCUCUGGAACGAGUUCUGGUUCUCUUUCGUGAAAGAUUCUUUGGUGAAGCAACGUAGAGUAUGAAAAUGUACGUCUAAGUGAAGUGGUUUUGAAUGGUUUUCCUUUUUUCUCAAGAAUGAGCAGGCGAGAAAUAAAUUGCGAAGCACUUUAACCUUUGAGGAAUGAGUACAUAAGUAUAUUAGGGACUGUCAGAAUCCCCUUCAUAAAUGUUAAAGGAUACUUCAAUUUUUUACAUUUUAGGUUUUUUUACAUCUUGCUUUUUUAUAAUGUAGAUUAUAUUUUAAAUCCAAUAUGCAGAUAGCAUAGUCUGUUAAGAAUAAAAGUUGCCAAUAAACUGUUGACCGAGUUAGCGAUAGGAAUAGAAGGGUAGAGAUAAUAGCUGCAUGAGAAGAACGGACCAGGCAGGGAUCAAAUAGACUGAUAGACGACGAAAUGACCAAAAGAGGAGACCGAAAGGGACCAGUGUAGGACAUAAUCAAGUCAAGGUUUAUUAGGGAAGAACAAAUAAGACAUUUUCGCUGGGGACAAGGUCAUACAUUUUACCCUAGAACAAAAUGGAACAUUUUGGCCUGGUACAAGGUAGAACGUUUUGGCCAGAAACAAAAUGGAACAUUUUGGCCCGAAGAUGGAAUGUCUUGCCCGCGAAGAAGCUAGAACAAUUAAGCCUGGGACAAAAAAAAAUAUGUUCUGUUGUAUUCAUGUCCAAAGUGGUGCAUUUUGAGUUUCAUUUCAGAACAUUAGAAUACGAGAACAAGGUUGAGUGAGACUGACCAUAACACAUAUAGAAUACAAUUUAACUUCACUGGAGGACAGAGACGCUCUCUUAAGACAAACAAAAGCAGAUACAUAAAUCUAUGAAUGUAUACAAAGUGAGGAUAAAGAUAAAUGGAAAAAAAUAAAAAUAUGAUGAUGAAUAUUAAGAAUGAAAAUAAAAAACGAACAAGCUCCAUUGACCUGUUAUGUAAGGAAAUUACCUUUUGUUUAUUGAUGGUUGUGAGUUGAUUAUCAUAUUUCUGACGAAAGGAAUACGAAAU